UAAGCUGUUGGACCAGUCGCCCUCAGACGCCCUCCGGUGGGUGCUCGAGACGGUGGUGUGAUCGCGACGGUGGUGUGAUCGUGGUGGUGCAGUGAAGAACGCCUUGAACGUCCAGAACGAGAUAAAUCUGCUUAAGAAUCAGACGACUUUAGGCACCCACCGCUAACAUGCCUGGCCACGUAAAGAAGUCCACGGGUCCUGACCCAGAUCCUACCGAGUUCUUGUUCAUCUCUAUGGAGAUGAAGAUGAAGGAUGCCACCAAGCCUUAUGACGCCAAGAAGUCCUGCUGGGUCCCUGAUCCUAAGGAAGGCUUCGUCGAGGGUGAGAUCACAGGCACCAAGGGCGAACUUAUCUCAGUUUAUGCAGGUGGUGAGACAAAGGACUGGAAGAAGGACCUCGUGGGACAGGUCAACCCUCCCAAGUACGAGAAAUGCGAGGACAUGUCUAACUUGACCUACCUUAACGAUGCGUCUGUCCUGUACAACUUGAAGAGCCGUUACGUCAACAGGCUCAUCUACACCUACUCCGGUCUCUUCUGUAUCGCCAUCAACCCCUACAAGCGGUACCCCAUCUACACCAACCGAACGGUCAAGAUCUACCAGGGUAAGAGGCGUAAUGAAGUGCCUCCUCAUCUCUUCGCCAUCGCCGACGGUGCUUACAUGAACAUGAUGCAACUUGGCGAGAACCAGUCUAUGCUUAUCACCGGUGAGUCUGGUGCUGGUAAGACAGAGAACACCAAGAAGGUACUCUCCUACUUCGCCAACGUCGGCGCCACCACCAAGAAGAAGGGCGAGGCAGAAAAACAGAACCUUGAGGACCAGAUCAUCCAGACCAACCCUGUACUGGAGGCCUUCGGUAACGCCAAGACCACCCGUAACGACAACUCCUCCCGCUUCGGUAAGUUCAUCCGUAUCCACUUCCAACAAAAUGGCAAGCUGUCCGGUGCUGAUAUUGAGGUCUACCUGCUGGAGAAGGCUCGUGUCAUCUCCCAGCAGCCCGCCGAGCGUUCCUACCAUAUCUUCUACGAGAUGAUGGCUGACCAAAUCAAAACGAUUAAGCCCACGUGUUUCCUUAGCGACGACAUCUACGAUUAUCACUACGUGUCUCAGGGCAAGGUCACCGUCCCCUCCAUUGAUGACGGCGAGGACAUGCAGUUCUGUCACGACGCCUUCGACAUUCUUGGCUUCACAAAACAAGACGUUGAAGAGGUUUACAAGGUCACAGCCGCUGUCAUGCACAUGGGUGAGAUGAAGUUUAAACAGAAGGGUCGCGAUGAACAGGCUGAAGCCGACGGCACUGAGGUUGGUGAUAAGGUCGCCAAGCUGCUGGGCACUGUUGGUGAUGACCUGUACAGGAACAUUACCAAGCCCAAGAUCAAGGUCGGUUCAGAGUUCGUAGCCAAGGGCAUGAACGUGAACCAGUGUUAUUACUCUGUCGGUGCCUUGGCUAAGGGUCUCUUCGAUCGUGUCUUCAAGUGGCUGGUUGUGAUUUGUAACAAGACUCUUGAGACUGGUCAAAAGCGUCAUUCAUUCAUCGGUGUGCUCGAUAUUGCCGGCUUCGAGAUUUUCGACUACAACGGCUUCGAGCAGAUCUGCAUCAACUUCUGUAACGAAAAGCUGCAACAGUUCUUCAACCAUCACAUGUUUGUGCUGGAGCAGGAGGAAUACAAGAAGGAAGGCAUCAACUGGGUCUUCGUGGACUUCGGUAUGGAUCUGCAGGCCUGCAUCGAGCUCUUCGAGAAGAAAAUGGGUCUGCUCUCUAUCCUCGAAGAAGAGUCUAUGUUCCCCAAGGCUACUGACAAGUCUUUCGCUGAGAAGUUGAACGCCAACCACCUUGGCAAGUCCCCUGUGUUCGUCAAGCCCAAGCCAGCCAAGCCCGGUGAGGCUGACUCUCACUUCGCCAUUGUUCACUACGCUGGUACUGUCAGUUACAACCUGAGUGGCUGGCUCGAGAAGAACAAGGAUCCUCUCAACGACACUGUUGUUGACCAGCUCAAGAAGUCCAGUAACAACCUUAUCGUCACAGUCUUCUUGGACCAUCCCGGGCAGUCUGGUCCCGUUGAAUCUGGUGGUGGCAAAGGUGGUCGUGGUGGAAAAUCUGGUUCCUUCAAGACUGUGUCUUCUGGAUACAGGGACCAGUUGAACAACCUGAUGAGGACCCUCAACUCUACUCACCCUCACUUCAUCCGUUGUAUCGUCCCCAACGAGACCAAGUCUCCUGGUGUGACUGAGGCCGCCUUGAUCAUGCACCAGCUGACUUGUAACGGUGUACUUGAGGGUAUCCGUAUCUGUCGUAAGGGUUUCCCCAACAGGAUGGUCUACCCUGAUUUCAAACAUCGUUACAAGAUCCUGGCCUCCAAGGAAAUGGCAGAGAUUGCCGACAACAAGGCAGCCGCAAAGGCUUGCUUCGACAAGGCUGGCUUGGAAGAAGAGCUUUACCGCUGUGGUAACACUAAGGUAUUCUUCCGUGCUGGUGUCUUGGGUACUCUGGAAGAGAUCCGUGAUGAGCGCUUGGGCAAGAUCGUUAGCUGGCUGCAGUCCUGGAUCCGAGGUUUCACUGGCCGCAAGGAAUUCGGCAGACUGCAGGAGCAGCGUGUUUCCCUUGUUGUUGUUCAACGUAACUUGAGAAAGUUCCAGGCAAUGCAGUCCUGGGUCUGGUUCAACCUUUGGCAGAAGGUUAAGCCCCUCCUUCACGUAACACGUAUCGAGGACGUGAUCUUUGCUCUCAAAGAAAAGGCCACUAAAGCUCAGGAAGAUUACGACGCUGAAUUCAAGCUUCGUGGAGACCUGGAAGCUGCGAUUGCUACCCUGACAGAGGAAAAGAACAAUAUUUUGUCCACUCUGGAAUCUAGCAAGGGUAACAUGUCCGAAUAUCUCGAGAAACAAGCCAAGCUUCAGGCUCAGAAGAUUGAAUUGGAAGCCCAGUUUAACGACAUUACUGCCCGCCUUCAGAAGGAGGAGGAAUCCCGUGGAGAAUUAUUCCAAGAGAGGAAAAAGACUGAGCAAGAAAUUGGAAACAUGAAGAGAGAUUUUGAAGAUAUGGAACUGACACUCGCAAAAGCUGAACAAGACAAAGCCGCCAGGGACCACCAGAUUCACAAUGUUACAGAAGAAAUUGCCCACCAGGAAGACCUCAUUAACAAGGCGACUAAGGAAAAGAAGCAACUUCAAGAACUAGGUCAGAAGGCUUCUGAAGACUUCCAGGGAAUUGAGGAUAAAUGUAAUCACCUGCACAACAUCAAGACAAAACUCGAGCAGACUCUCGAUGAGCUUGAGGACUCCGUUGAACGCGAGAAGAAGCUACGCAAUGAUACUGAGAAGGCCAAGAGGAAGGUUGAGGGUGAUCUAAAGCUAACCCAAGAAUCUGUAACGGACUUAGAGCGCAACUUCAAGGACCUUGAAAGUACUAUCCAGCGUAAGGAUAAGGAUUACGCCUCACUGGCGGCCAAACUUGAGGAGGAUCAGAGUCAGUUUAGUAAAGUUCAGAGGCAGAUCAGAGAACAGCAAUCCCGAAUUGAGGAACUGGAACAAGAGGUUGAGCACGAAAGACAAGCCCGUGCGAAGGCUGAAAAGGGAAAAUCUAACCUUGCACGCGAACUUUCCGAACUCGGGGAUCGUCUGGAUGAGGCUGGUGGAGCCACAGCCGCCCAGGUGGAGCUCAACAAGAAGCGUGAUGCUGAACUGGGUAAACUCCGCCGUGACCUCGAGGAAACCACCAUCCAGCAUGAUUCUGCCCUCAAUCUCCUUCGCAAGAAGCAUAAUGAUGCCGUCGCUGAAAUGUCUGAGCAAGUUGACCAUCUUACCAAGAUGAAGGCCAGGAUGGAAAAGGACAAGGCUAAUCUGAAGCGUGAUGCUGAUGAUGCCAAGUCGGCCAUGGACGGUCUUACCCGUGAUAAGGCUGCAGCAGAGAAGACCAUUAAGCAGCUCCAAAAUCAGAUGACUGAUCUUCAUGCCAAAUAUGAAGAAUCCAGCCGUACUUUGAAUGACUUUGAUUCCGCAAAGAAAAAGCUUGCAGUUGAGAAUGCUGAUCUUCUGCGCCAGCUGGAGGAGUAUGAAAACCAAAUCAGUCAGUUGUCCAAAAUUAAGCAAUCACUUCAUGGGCAGCUUGAGGAAUCCAAAAAGGUCUCAGAUGAGGAUAGCAAGGAACGUGCAACUCUUCUUGGCAAAUACCGCAACUUGGAACACGACAUUGAUGGUCUUCGUGAACAACUUGAUGAAGAAGCUGAAAGUAAGGCAGACAUGCAGCGUUUGUUUACCAAGGCUCACGCUGAGUCUCAGAUGUGGCGGUCAAAAUAUGAAUCUGAAGGUGUUGCACGUGCUGAGGAGAUAGAAGCUUCACGACUAAAGCUUGCUGCCCGUCUUGAGGAGGCUGAAGCUCAAAUUGAACAGCUCAACGUUAAGAACUUAAGUCUUGAAAAAUCAAAGGAGAAACUUGCAGUGGACUACGACGAAACUCAGAUUUCCAUUGAGCGUGCUGAAGCCCUGGCUCAGGCUGCUGAGAAAAAGCAAAAGAACUUCGACAGAAUAAUCCAUGAAUGGAAGCUGAGGGUUGACGACCUUGCUGCCGAACUUGAUGCAUCCCAGAAGGAAUGCCGCAACUACUCUUCUGAACAUUUCCGCAUUAAGGCCGCAUACGAGGAAAACCUUGAGCAUCUUGACUCGGUCCGCCGUGAGAACAAGAACUUCGCUGAUGAGAUCAAGGAUCUGAUGGACCAGAUUGGUGACGGUGGUCGAUCACAUCAUGAUCUUCAGAAGAACGUUAAGCGUCUUGAAAUUGAAAAGGAAGAGCUCCAGGCAGCUCUUGAGGAAGCUGAGGCCGCGCUUGAACAAGAAGAGAACAAAGUGCUUCGAGGACAACUUGAGCUCAGUCAGGUUAAACAAGAAAUAGACAAGCGUAUCCAGGAGAAGGAGGAAGAAUUUGACAAUAUUCGCAAGUGUCACAUCCGUGCUCUCGAAUCCAUGCAAGGUUCCCUUGAGGCAGAAGCCAAGGGUAAGGCCGAAGCUCUCCGCCUGAAGAAGAAGCUCGAAUCUGACAUAAAUGAGCUUGAAAUCUCACUCGAUCAUUCAAGCAAGGCCUAUACGGACCUGCAAAAGGGCUAUAAGAAACUUCAAGGUGAAUGGAAGGAAAUGCAGGCGAGGGUUGAGGAAGAACAGCGUCUUGCUUCGGAAUACCGCGAACAAUACGCUAUUUCGGAACGCCGUGCUAAUAGCCUUCAUGGUGAGCUGGAAGAAUCUAGGACUCUACUUGAACAAUCUGACCGUGGUCGUCGUCAAGCUGAAUCAGACCUUACUGAUGCAAAUGAGCAAUACAGCAACCUGAGUGCCCAGUACAAUACUAUUACCAUCGCAAAGAGGAAGCUUGAAGGCGAAUGGCAGACUCUUCACGCUGACUACGAAGACAUGCUGAACGAAGCUAAGAACUCUGAGGACAAGGCUAAGAAGGCCAUGGUUGACGCCGCCCGCCUGGCUGAUGAACUCCGCGCUGAACAGGAUCACGCCCAGAACUUGGAGAAGAUGCGCAAGGGCCUGGAAGUGUCUGUCAAGGAACUCCAAGUGAAACUUGAGGACAGCGAGAGCUUUGCUGUGAAGACUAGCAAGAAGGCUCUGGGCAAGUUGGAAUCCCGCGUUCACGAACUAGAGGGACAGCUAGACGAUGAAGCUCGUCGCCACUCUGACGCCCAGAAGAACCUGAGGAAGUGUGAGAGGCGCAUCAAGGAGCUCUCCUUCCAAUCCGAUGAGGACAAGAAGAACCACGAGAGGAUGCAGGACCUUGUCGACAAGCUGCAGCAGAAGAUCAAGACUUACAAACGCCAGAUCGAGGAGGCCGAAGAGAUCGCCGCCCUGAACUUGGCCAAGUUCCGCAAGGCUCAGCUUGAGAUAGAGGAAGUUGCUUAAAUCAAAUUAGUACAGCCUGACCGAAUUUACAGUAGUGGGAGGAGAUAUGAAUUAAAAGUGAUAAUUUUAUACACUGUAUAUAACAAAGACUCAGUACACAUUGAACAUUCAAUAUGAAUUAUUUUCACAAACAAACUGCAAAGUUUUACCUUACCUAUGUGUGGAUUGUAUAUUCUACAUAUACAUAUAUAUUUUUUAUUAUGACGCUAAAUUCCACCAAGCAUUUAAGUUCUUGUAAGCUAUUCAUAGAUUCACAAACCAUCCCACGGUACUAUGUUAUCAAAAAGCGCCAUAUUAAAUUAAAGAAACUUUAAUUCA